AGAAAAUUAGAGAAGUCAUUUGAAGUCGAACCCUGGAGCAGCAGGAAGCUCCAAAGCCUAAACCUCAGAAAAAUCUCCACUCUACUAUCUUCCCCCAUCAUCCCCCGCCGUCGUCCCGUCGCCGUGACGGCCUUCUCCGCGUCGCAUCUAGCCGUCGCAUCCCGACAUUCUCCCAAAGCGCCGACUAACCUAAAACCCCAAACCAAACCAUGCUCCGCCACGUCAUACUCUCCAGAUUCUCCUUCCACCUCCGGCGCUUCUCCCAGUCAUCCGCCGCCGCGGUACUCCACCAUGAGCCACCGGAGGUGCAGCCGCUGACAUACCUAGAAGGCUUUCCGAGACCGGACUCGAAAUACGACGAGACGAUACUCGCAAUUCCUCGCGCGAAUUCGGGGAAGAACAUAUCGGCGAAGGAACGGAAGGUUGGGCGCGUGCCUAGCAUUGUGUUCGAGCAGGAGGACGGUCAGCAUGGCGGCAACAAGCGCCUCAUUUCCGUACGGACUAACCAGAUCAGGAAGCUCGUCAACCAGCUUGGCCGCUCAUUCUUUCUCUCCCGCCUCUUCGACCUCGAAGUCCGGUCGGAGUUCGAAAGCGGGGACGUUGUUGAGAAGGUUCGGGUUUUGCCCCGCAAGAUUCAUUUGCAGGCAGGCACAGAUGCACCAUUAAAUGUCACUUUUCUAAGGGCUCCAUCAAAUGCUCUGUUGAAAGUUGAGGUCCCUCUUGUAUUUCGAGGAGAAGAUAUAUCCCCUGGACUGAAGAAAGGUGCUGCUUUGAAUACCAUCAAAAGGACUGUUAAGUUCCUAUGUCCUGCUGACAUUAUCCCCCCAUAUAUUGAUGUGGAUUUAAGCGAGUUGGAUGUUGGCCAGAAGUUGGUUAUGGGAGAUCUUAUUGUUCACCCUGCGCUAAAACUUAUUCAGUCAAAAGAUGAACCUGUUUGUAAAAUUAUGGGCCAAAGGGUUUCUGAACUACAAAAGAAAAAGUAAAGCGCAUUUUGUCACCUUUUGGCAGGUAUUACUGCUGCGUUGAAGCAUUUUAUAGCUAACAUGUAUCAUUUGCAGUUAUCUUAUUAGUGAUUCUUGGCAGCAUCAUAGGAGAUUGUUUGUUAUAGUAUUAAGAUGUUAGGUUCUCUUCUGCCUCGAUUCUUUUGGCCCUACUGAGUUUUCAUAUUUCAAUUCUCUGUUGUUUCUGCCGUUUCUUUUGGCAAUAAUGAAGAUACGGGCAAUGAGAAUAUGAAGUUGAUCCAUUGAGCUUUGAGUGUGCAAUAUAGAUUUUUCUGCUUUUGGUUGUUCACAACCAAAGGGUUACCAUUGACGUUUUCGUGUCCUCAAUAAAGAUGUCUGUCUAUGCAAGAUGUCUCUUUUCCAAUU